UCCUGUAGGUCCGUUAGCGCGCUGGACGGGCCGCCCUCGGGACCCGGGGCCACUUACAGGCACUUCUCCAUCUUCUCGAAUGUGGUCUCGGCCUGGUCGAAGAACCCGAUCACGAUGCCCUUGCUGAACUCAUUGUCACCCUCAUCGUCCAUCUCGAGAAUCUGCUCGAAUGUGGUCUGGUCGAUGCUCUCGCUCAUCUCGGCCAGCGUGGACGGGAUCGGCUUCGUCUCCUUGGGCUUGGGGAUGUCAGCGUCAGCCUUCGCGUCCGCCUCCGGCGACACGACACGUACAGGCUCCUCCACGGUCUUUGUGGUGGUGGUGGGUGCCAUGGUGCUGAGGUACGAGUGUCUGGGGGUUUGAAUGAGUUCAGGUGUUUGUUUGGACGUAGGAGCAACGCCUCAGAUCAGAGUUCUUGCGGGCUCUUUGUUUCUGACUCUGGAGUCAAAUCCUAGCCGGCUAUUCUCUGGGAGAUGGCGUCAACCGGUGAACACGGUAUACUGUGGAUUACACGGAGAGAACCUGCAGGCUAAUUCCAUGUCAGUGGUUGAUCACGAAUCGCGCGGCGACGUUACAGCUGCUCGACUGGAGUGUGAUAAAGUUGCCCUACACGAUGCCGGUAUUACGAGGGAGCGGAGGGGCAAGGACAAACAGGGACCCAGCGCGAUGCAGCAAAGGAGCAAGGGACGUGCAGAGACACACCGAGGGGAUGAGGGUGUUCACCUGUGGCAGGAUCGCGUGUGCGACGCCCAAGAUGAUGACGGGGGAGGGGCGGGGAGGGGUGCAGGCAGGGGAGGGGAAGAGGGGUCAAAGGAAACACACAGGAGUUCUAGCUAUCUGAGGCUGAGGAAGUUCAGCAAGGACAAGGACUUGGUGUCUCAGCAGGGGGUGUGGAUGGGGGUAUUAGUGGGAAAGGACGAGGCUGGGGGAGGGGAGAGGGGAGAGGGAAAGUGUGCAGAGGGGGGGGCGACGGCUAGAACAGAUGCGCGUAUAUCAAUCAUCCACCCACCACGGUAGUGACCACACACGCGCGCACCAUGGAUGGGUCCACAUGGGGUGGGCAAAGGAACAGCUGUCUAGAUCAGGAGGGAUGAGGGGGAGGGGCAGCAGCAGCAGUCAUGAACAUUGGACACAUGGUAGGAGAUUGUCCGAAUAGUGUGGGCAGCGCAACAGAAGGGGAUCUCUCCUACCUGAAACCAGUUCUCCCCACCGCAGUCUGAUUGUCGUAGAUGAGGGUGUUUGUGGUGAUCGUAGGGAGGGUGGUGAUGGAGGUGAACUGAGUGGGACUGGCAGUGACCGAAUUAAAU